AUGUCCCUCCUUCUGAAGACUUUGAUCUUCGUCGCUGUUGUUCAAUACGGUACUGCUCACCGUCCAACCACCUUGACCGAUGAACAAGUCCUCAAGCUUGUUCAUUUGUCGUGCAACGACGCCAAGUACUUCUGCCCAGCCGAGCGUUACCUGGUCAAAAUUGGACCAUACCGUAUCUUCAACCGGUUCGCUGUCUUGAAAUCCGAGGAAGUCGGUCUCCUCAAGACUUCCGAUAUCCCGUUGACCGAUCUUUUCGGUGUUUUCAGAAACACCUUCUGCUGCACCGAAGGAUCAUGCCUGGCGGAGUGUGGAGUUUACCCGGUCAACGAAAAAAGCAUCAUCUCUAACUUCCACGACAUCUACAAGCAGGUCUUCGCUCUCAACAUCGCUGAACUCAAUGGAUACGAAGAGGACUACAUCGAGUAUCUUCGCAACGGCAAACAGCGCGGAUUCGUUCCAGCCAGAAUCGAGGAGUUGUACGACAUCCUCCACGAGAACGAGGACACCAUUAUCGACAUGCUCGCUAAAGUUCCACAAUAA